CCUCUCCUGCACGGGAUGGGCUGCCUGCGAACCUGUCUGUGUGGCGGAGACUGGAGCCUGCUGUCUGCAGCGGGGCUGUGGGCUGAAUCCAGGGGCCGCAGGGGCAGAGAUGCAGCGGAGCGCAGGGGCAGAGAUGCAGCGGAUCACCGGGGCAGAGACGCAGCAGAGCGCUGGGGCACCGGGGAGCAGAGUGAGCGUGGAGUGGCGUUGGGAGCCAUGGCCAACCAGGGCGAGGUGGUCAACGUGAACGGCUGUGUGGCCCCGUCUCUGACCCUCGACCUGCGCUCCUCGCACAACGAGCUGCUCAACGCCGACCUGAAGCGUUGCGGGCCCCCCAAAGGCCGCACAGCGUACGCCUCCACCGACCUGCCGGCGGCAAUGGGGCUGGCGACCGACACCGGCAGCUGCAAGUGGGUGAAGGACGGGCGCAACCAGCUACGGAGAGCGGCUCAGCACGUGCGGCAAGACCAGAACCGCAACGUCACUGGGCCAGAGGUGGGACCGGAGGCGCGGGCCGAAGGGCCAGCGGACAGCCAGCCUGGCAACACCGGCGGCUUCCUGCAGUACUACAUGGGGCUGGAGCUGUCACUGGAGGGAGAGGCCGACACACAGACCCCCCUCCUGCACCUCCACCCGGGGGACAGUGCGGACCAGGAGGGGGAGGGGGAGGGGGACGAGGACGAGGGGGGGCUGGAGGUGCCGACCCAGGCCCCCCCCCACGACAGGAAGGCAUCCUGCCUCUUCUUCGGGAUGAGGAACACGGCGCCGAGCGACGAGGACUCCAGCUGGACCAGCCUAUCACAGGGCAGCGCGUCCUGGAGCUCGCCCGACGACCUUGAUGGCGUGUGGCAGAGGGAGCCACUGGAGAAGGACACAGACCUACCCGCAGGCUGGAUGAGGGUGAGGGACACGUCGGGCACCUACUUGCACAUCCCCACGGGGACCACUCAGUGGCAGCCCCCCCACCCCCCCUCCAUGGCAGACCCCGACCCCCAGAAACCCUCCUCCAUGUCGCAGUGCACCACGCCGUCCGAGGAGCAGCAGCUGACCUGGGCAGGUUUCACGGCGGGGGACGGGUGCGACGAUGCCGGUGAGUGGAAGGACGCAGUCACCCCCCCAGAGAGCACGGACAACAGUCUGCGAGACUUUGAGGGAGCAACAUUACGAUAUGCAUCGUUGAGUCUCGGGGGGUCAGCGGAGGAGGACGGCACCAAGACCUUCAGCAACAUCGACGACGAGUCCAAGUGUUUCCAGGUGCAGUCGCUGGGCUGGGUGGAGAUGCUGGAGGAGGACCUGGCCCCCGGCAAGAGCAGCGUUGCUGUCAACACCUGCAUCCGCCAGCUGUCCAUGCACCGCGGCACCCUGCACGACAGCGCAGGAUCAUGGGGGCAGGGCAAGGCAAUGCAGCUGUUACUGGAGGACGACACGUUGAGCCUGGUUGACCCCGUGACCCAGACGCCGCUGCACAUGCAACCCAUCGUCAGCAUCCGUGUGUGGGGCGUGGGGCGCGACAAUGGCCGGGACUUUGCCUAUGUGGCCAGAGACAAGCUGACCCGUGUGCUGAAGUGUCACGUCUUCCGCUGUGAUUCCCCCCGCCCAAGGCCAUCGCCACCCCCCCACUACACCCACAUCUGCUCACAGAUCAUGGCGGACCGCAAGGACACCAAGUCGUCCAUGAACGGGCUGCUGUUCGACCACUCCAAGCUGGUGGACGUUCCCUUCCAAGUGGAGUUCCCGAUGCCCAAGAAUGAGUUGGUGCAGAGGUUCCAGGUGUUGUACAUGGGUAACAUCGCCGUCACCAAGCCUGUCGGGAUGGACGUGAUCAACAGUGCGCUGGAGAACGCUGCCCAGAGCGGCAGCAGAGAGAGCUGGACUCCCGUCACCGUCAACGUGGCCUCUGCCACCGUCACCAUCAUCAGCGACGAGAUGCCUGGAACAGCUUGCGGUAGCCAGAAGUGCCUGGGACCCGGCCAGUGGGGCAGUGGCUCCUCCCCCACCGUGCCGUGCGGUGACUCGGUCGCUGGCGCCGGGUCGGUCGUGGGCCAUCUGUGUUCCAGCGUCCGCUUCCGCCGGGCGUCCAGACCCUGCUCGGCUCCCUCAAGCCCAGACGCACCAGCCCCCCGCACCCCACCCUGA